AUGAAAAGAUCUAAUAACAAUGCUCCCUCAUGCAAAAAAGUUAUGUUUCAAAACAAUAGCGUUGGCAAGUUACAAAUUCCUUAUAUUACAAAUCAGUUUGGGAAGCACUAUAUAGGAUGUGAAAAAUUUUCUGAUCAUAAAAUAUUAGAAAAUAAGCAAAUCACAAAAAGUAUUAGUCAAAAUAACUCUAAUUCAGCUUUGAGCAAUCGCUCUAUAUUAGGUGUAACAAGGUGCAGUAGCCCACAAUUAAGCUGUAAUGGUUAUCCACUAAAAGGAAACACUACAGUCUAUAUGAAUUUCCAAAGACCUUCUUUAAUUGUGCACAGAAGAGUACAAAGUAUGAACAAUGAUGUUAUACAGAAAUUUUCUGUGCAAAUAAAGAAAUGCUAA